AUGGCGCUGGUCACCACUGCACAGUCGAUACGGUACAUGCCGUCUGGAGCGGUUGCCGGAGCCGGCAACUUGGAAGCUCUCAACCGUGUCCUGGCUGACCUCUGUGUCCGCGGAAUUCCCAAGGAUGGGGCUGCUUUGGCGUUGAGAAGACACGUGGAGGAACGAGCUCGUGACCUUAGUGGUGAAGCAUUCUCUCGUUUCAUGGAUCAACUGUAUGAUCGUAUCACCAGCCUCUUGGAGAGCAAUGAUGUUUCUGAAAAUUUGGGUGCUUUGAGGGCUAUUGAUGAGCUUAUAGAUGUACCAGUAGGGGAGAAUGCUGUGAAAGUUUCAAAGAUUGCAACUUACAUGCGAACAACAUUUGAGGCCAAACGUGAACCUGAAACAUUAGUUGUUGCCAGCAAAGUACUGGGACACUUGGCCAGAGCUGGUGGAGCAAUGACAGCUGAUGAAGUGGAGCAGCUGGUAAAAAUUGCACUGGAUUGGCUUCGUGGGGAGAGGAUUGAGCACCGGCGUUUUGCUGCGGUUUUAAUUUUAAAAGAAAUGGCUGAGAAUGCUUCAACAGUUUUCAACGUCCAUGUUCCUGAGUUUGUUGAUGCUAUCUGGUUUGCUCUAAGAGAUCAAAAAUUGGAUAUUCGGGAGAGAGCUGUGGAGGCAUUGCGUGCCUGCCUUAGGGUCAUUGAGAAGCGCGAAACUCGAUGGCGCGUGCAAUGGUAUUAUCGUAUGUUUGAGGCAACACAAGAUGGACUGGGAAGAAAUGCUCCUAUACAUAGCAUACAUGGUUCCCUGCUUGCAGUUGGGGAGCUGCUGAGGAAUACAGGUGAAUUCAUGAUGUCUCGAUAUAGAGAAGUCGCUGAGAUUGUCCUUCGGUAUUUGGAGCAUCGGGAUCGGCUUGUCCGUCUCAGCAUAACUUCUUUGCUUCCUCGAAUUGCUCAUUUCCUGCGAGACCGUUUUGUGACUAAUUAUCUGACGAUUUGCAUGAAGCAUAUACUUCAUGUUCUUAAAAUACCUGCGGAAGCUGCUAGUGGGUUCAUUGCCCUCGGUGAAAUGGCUGGUGCAUUGGAUGGCGAACUCAUCAAUUAUUUGCCGACAAUAACAACUCACUUGCGUGAUGCUAUUGCUCCUCGUAGAGGGCGACCCUCUAUGGAGGCUUUGGCAUGUGUUGGAAAUCUUGCAAAAGCCAUGGGACCUUCUAUGGAGCCUCACAUACGAAGUCUCCUAGAUGCAAUGUUUUCCAUCGGAUUAUCCUCCACUUUAGUGGAAGCCCUGGAGCACAUAACUGCCAGCAUUCCUACCUUGCUUCCAACCAUUCAAGUACGCUUGCUUGAUUGUAUUUCUGGGGUUCUUUCUCGAAACCAACAAGUUCAGUCAAGGCCUUCUAAUGCCAUUACUCGGACUAGUAGCUCAGCUUCUACGUUGCAAGUACCGGAACUCAGUGGUUCAGCUCUUGUUCAACUUGCUUUACAGACUCUUGCUCUUUUCGAUUUUAAGGAUCGGGAUCUUCUUGAGUUUGCGAGAGGGUCUGUUGUGCCCUAUCUAGAAGAUGAUGAUGGUGGUACAAGAAAAGACGCUGCUUUGUGUUGCUGCAAACUAAUGGCGAAUUCUUUGUUUGGCGUCUUGUCGGUUCAAUUUGCUUCUAAUAGAACAACUCGUUCCGGUGGAAGGCGGCGUCGCCUCGUUGAGGAGAUUGUGGAAAAACUUCUCAUUGCAGCUGUUGCUGAUGCUGAUGUUACAGUUCGACGAUCUAUAUUUUCUUCUUUGCAUGAGACUGGGGGAUUUGAUGAUUAUUUGGCACAGGCCGAUUGUUUGACAGCUGUGUUUGCUGCUUUAAAUGAUGAGGAUUUUGCUGUUCGGGAAAUUGCUAUAUCACUGGCUGGAAGACUAUCUGAAAAGAAUCCAGCAUAUGUUCUUCCAGCUCUCCGUCGUCAUCUUAUUCAAUUGUUAACUUAUCUGAAACAAAGUUCUGAUAGCAAAUGCAGAGAGGAAAGUGCGAAAUUGUUGGGAUGCUUAAUUCGUAAUUGUGAGAGAUUGAUUCUCCCAUAUAUUUCUCCAAUACACAAGGCCCUCAUUACAAAACUCAACGAGGGAACUGCGGCGAGUGUAAAUAAUGGCAUAAUAAGUGGAGUUCUAGUAACUGUUGGAGAUCUCGCCAGAGUAGGUGGAUUUGCAAUGAGGCAGUAUAUUCCAGAGUUGAUGCCCUUAAUUGUUGAAGCUUUAUUAGAUAGUGCAGCUGCCAUGAAACGUGAAGUGGCAGUUACCACUCUAGGCCAAUUGGUACAAAGCACAGGUUAUGUUAUUACUCCAUAUAAUGAGUAUCCUCAAUUGCUUGGGUUACUUCUGAAGUUGCUCAAUGGUGAGUUGGCAUGGUCUACCAGACGUGAAGUUUUAAAGGUCCUUGGCAUAAUGGGUGCAUUAGAUCCCCAUGUGCAUAAACGCAAUCAGCUAACCUUACCAGGGUCCCAUGGUGAAGUUGCUCGUGCAGCUUGUGAUGCUGGUCAGCAUAUCAGGUCAAUGGAUGAAAUACCUAUGGAUCUUUGGCCAUCCUUUGCGACAUCAGAAGAUUAUUACUCCACCGUUGCUAUCAGUUCCCUGAUGCGAAUUUUUAGAGAUCCUUCACUUUCAAGUUACCACCAAAAGGUCGUUGGAUCUCUAAUAUUCAUUUUCAAGGCAAUGAAUCUUGGUUGUGUUCCUUACUUACCCAAGGUUCUGCCUGAACUUCUUCAUACUGUUCGUACGUGUGAGGAUAAUAAUCUUAAGGAGUAUAUUACAUGGAAACUUGGAACAUUGGUUUCUAUUGUUCGCCAGCAUAUUCGGAAAUAUCUUCCAGAUUUAUUCUCUCUAAUAUCAGAAUUAUGGUCAUCAUUCAAUUUGCCUGCUAACAGCAGACUAGUCCAUGGAUCUCCGGUCCUCCAUCUGCUUGAGCAACUUUGCUUGGCUCUUAAUGAUGAAUUUAGGACACAUCUUCCCUUUAUUCUUCCAUCCUGCAUUCAAGUACUAAGUGAUGCUGAGAGGUUUAAAGACUACACUUAUGUUGUUGACAUUCUCCGAACUGUUGAAGUAUUUGGCGGAACUUUGGAUGAGCAUAUGCAUCUUCUUCUUCCUGCACUCAUUCGAAUCUUUAAGUUGGAUGCUUCUGUAGAAGUGCGGCGUGCUGCUAUUAAAACACUUACUAAGUUGAUUCCUCGUGUACAGGUGACUGGUCACAUAUCAGCUCUUGUGCAUCACCUGAAGCUAGUCUUGGACGGGAAAAAUGAUGAGCUCAGGAAAGAUGCUGUUGAUGCACUUUGUUGUCUAGCUCAUUCCCUUGGUGAAGACUUCACUAUUUUCAUACCUUCCAUCCAUAAGCUUUUGUUGAAGCAUCGCAUGCGGCAUAAGGAUUUUGAAGAAAUUGAAGAUCGCAUAAAGAGAAGGGAGCCAUUGAUUCUAGGGAAUGCUGUUCAAAAACAAAGUCGUCGACUUCCAGGCGAAGUUAUUAGCGACCCUUUGAAUGAUACGGAGGAUCCAGAGUGUAGAGUUGAUCCACACAAGCCUCAUAAGGUUAAUGAGGGUCGGAUACGUGCUGCGGGGGAAGCUUCUCAACGCAGUACGAGAGAGGACUGGGCAGAGUGGAUGAGACAUUUUAGCAUUGAACUAUUGAAGGAAUCACCUGCACCUGCUCUGAGAACAUGUGCCAAGCUUGCCCAACUUCAACCUUUUGUUGGACGGGAGUUGUUUGCGGCUGGUUUUGUCAGCUGCUGGACAGAGCUGAAUGAGCCUUGCCGAAGACAGCUGGUGCGAAGUUUGGAAAUGGCAUUUUCAUCUCCAAACAUACCUCCCGAAAUUCUUGCCACACUUUUGAACUUGGCUGAGUUUAUGGAACACGAUGAGAGACCCCUUCCUAUUGAUAUACGUCUACUGGGUGCCCUAGCAGAAAAGUGUCGUGCAUUUGCAAAGGCUCUGCACUAUAAAGAGAUGGAAUUUGAAGGUGCAUGCUCAAAUAGGAUGGACGGCAACCCUGUUGCUGUAGUUGAAGCUCUUAUUCAUAUCAACAACCAAUUGCACCAACACGAGGCUGCAGUUGGAAUAUUGACAUAUGCUCAACAACAUUUGGGGGUUCAACUGAAGGAGUCAUGGUAUGAGAAACUCCAGCGAUGGGAUGAUGCUCUCAAAGCCUACACCGUCAAAGCCUCUCAAGUAUCAAGCCAACAUCUUAUUCUGGAAGCAACGCUAGGACGCAUGAGAUGCCUUGCUGCACUUGCUAGAUGGGAAGAGCUCAACAAUCUCUGCAAGGAGUAUUGGACACCUGCUGAGCCAGCUGCUAGACUGGAAAUGGCCCCAAUGGCUGCAAAUGCUGCUUGGAACAUGGGUGAGUGGGAUCAGAUGGCAGAAUACGUUUCUCGGUUGGAUGAUGGAGACGAAACCAAGCUUCGAGUUUUGGGUAAUACUGCUGCUACAGGGGAUGGGAGCAGUAAUGGAACUUUCUUCAGGGCUGUUUUAUUAGUUCGUAGAGGGAAGUACGAUGAGGCACGCGAAUAUGUUGAAAGAGCAAGGAAAUGCUUGGCUACUGAAGUGGCUGCAUUGGUUCUUGAAAGUUAUGAACGUGCAUACAGCAAUAUGGUCCGCGUUCAGCAGCUAUCAGAAUUGGAGGAGGUCAUUGAUUACUGUACACUGCCUGCUGGAAACCCUGUUUCUGAGGGACGGAGGGCCCUCAUCCGGAACAUGUGGAGUGAACGAAUAAGAGGCGCAAAACGAAAUGUUGAGGUUUGGCAAGCGCUUUUGUCUGUCAGGUCACUUGUGCUUCCACCUACAGAAGAUGCAGAGACAUGGAUAAAGUUCGCCUCUCUUUGCCUUAAAAGUGGCAGAACCAGUCAAGCUAGAUCAACUCUAACUAAACUCUUACAGUUCGAUCCAGAAUCAACCCCUGAAACCGAACGAUAUCACGGGGACCCUCAAGUUAUUCUGGCUUACUUGAAAUAUCAAUGGUCAAUUGGGGAAGAUCAUAGGCGCAAAGAAGCUUUCACCAGACUGAAGGAUUUGGCCAUGGACCUUUCAAGAAUGCCUGGUUUUCAACAGUCCAUGCAGUCCGAUAUAUCGUCUUCCUCGAGUAUGCCUUUCGUUGCUCGUGUUUAUCUCAAAUUGGGAACUUGGCAGUGGGCAUUGUCCCCUGGUUUGGAUGACGACUCUAUACAAGAAAUCCUCAAUGCAUUCCGUAAUGCAACUCACUGUGCAACAAAGUGGGCAAAAGCUUGGCACAAAUGGGCACUUUUCAAUACAGCAGUCAUGUCUCACUACACUUUGAGAGGUUAUCAGAGCAUUACUGGACAGUUUGUUGUUGCUGCUGUCACUGGAUAUUUUCACUCCAUAGCUUGUGGGGCACAUGCUAAAGGAGUGGAUGAUAGUUUGCAGGAUAUCCUUCGUCUCCUAACUUUGUGGUUCAACCAUGGGGCCACAUCAGAGGUUCAGCUGGCACUACAGAAAGGAUUUUCACUUGUAAAUAUAAACACAUGGUUGGUUGUUUUGCCCCAAAUAAUUGCCAGAAUACAUUCUAAUAACCACGCAGUCAGAGAACUGAUACAAGCACUGUUGGUACGAAUUGGCCAGAUCCAUCCACAGGCUCUUAUGUACCCUCUUCUUGUGGCAUGCAAAUCUAUUAGCAAUUUAAGGAAACAGGCAGCUCAAGAAGUGGUUGAUAGAGUUAGACAGCAUAGUGGGGUGCUAGUGGAUGAGGCCCAACUUGUAUCUACGGAGUUGAUCCGAGUUGCGAUACUUUGGCAUGAAAUGUGGCACGAGGCAUUAGAAGAGGCAAGCCGCUUAUAUUUUGGUGAACAUAAUGUUGAGGGAAUGCUGAAUGUUUUAGAGCCAUUACACCAAAUGCUUGAGGAAGGUGCAAUGAGGAGCAAUACUACCAUGAAAGAGAAAGCCUUCAUUCAGCAAUUCCGUCAUGAACUUUUAGAGGCCUAUGACUGCUGCAUCAGAUACAGAAGGACAGGAAAAGAUGCUGAAUUAACUCAGGCUUGGGAUCUUUAUUACCAUGUAUUCAGGCGGAUUGAUAAGCAGCUUCAGACACUCACCACCCUGGACUUGCAGUCGGUGUCUCCAGAAUUGUUGCAGUGCCGUGAUCUAAAACUUGCUGUCCCUGGAACCUAUAAAGCUGACUCUCCUGUGGUGACUAUUGGAUCAUUUGCGCCCCAACUUGUUGUCAUUACUUCCAAACAACGGCCUCGUAAGUUGACAAUACAUGGAAGUGAUGGGGAAGAAUAUGCUUUCUUGUUGAAGGGGCAUGAAGAUUUACGUCAAGAUGAGCGUGUGAUGCAGCUCUUUGGAUUGGUAAAUACGCUUCUGGCAAAUUCUAGAAAAACUGCUGCGAAGGAUCUGUCUAUCCAAAGAUAUGAGGUCAUUCCACUAUCUCCAAACAGUGGCCUCAUAGAAUGGGUCCCAAAUUGUGAUACCUUGCACCAUCUCAUUCGGGAGUACAGAGAUGCCAGAAAGAUCAGCCUAAAUCACGAACAUAAAUUAAUGCUCGGUUUUGCUCCAGACUAUGAUCAUUUGCCUCUUAUAUCAAAAGUUGAGGUGUUUGAGUACGCCUUGCAAAAUACAGAAGGAAAUGACCUUUCUAGGGUGCUCUGGUUAAAGAGCCGCACUUCAGAGAUCUGGUUGGACAGGAGGACCAACUACACAAGAAGCUUGGCCGUUAUGAGUAUGGUUGGUUACUUGCUUGGCCUGGGUGAUAGACAUCCAAGCAACCUCAUGCUGCAUCGUUAUAGCGGCAAGAUAUUGCAUAUUGACUUUGGAGAUUGCUUUGAAGCUUCAAUGAACCGUGAGAAAUUCCCUGAAAAGGUUCCCUUCCGCCUGACCAGAAUGCUUGUUAGAGCAAUGGAGGUCAGUGGUAUUGAAGGGAACUUCCGCUCCACCUGCGAAAGUGUCAUGCAGGUUUUGCGAACGAACAAAGACAGCGUGAUGGCAAUGAUGGAGGCAUUUGUGCACGACCCGUUGAUAAAUUGGCGUCUCUUUAACUUCAAUGAAGUUCCUCAAGUGCCUACUCUUACGAGUGCUCAUGCCCAACCCACUGUGAAUGGAGAGGACUCCGUCCCUGGUGCAGAGAUGCUUCAGCCACAGCGGGUCAUUCGUGAAAGAGAGCUCCUUCAGGCUGUGAAUCAAUUGGGUGAUGCUAAUGAGGUUCUGAAUGAACGAGCGGUGGUUGUCAUGGCACGAAUGAGCAAUAAGCUUACGGGAAGGGAUUUCUCCUCUUUUCCAUCUAGCUCUGUCCAAAGUUAUCUGGAUCAGCAAAGUAGCUUGGUCCCUGGAGACACUCACGAGGCCGAACAUGGAUUAUCUGUCAAGCGAGUCACCGAACACGCAACCAUCGCCGAGGAUCUCCAUCAGCAAGUCACCGAACACGAGAAGCCUGCAACCACCGCCGGCGUCCGUUCACUACCCGUCAUCGCCACCAACGAGAAGCAUCUACUCGAGAGACACAAUUAA